AUGACUCCAGACGAUACCGCGCAAUCUAAGCGCCCUGAGGACCUCUUCUACAAUACCUAUCUAGAUGCUGCGAAGACCGAAGAUGAGGCACGCCCAAAGAACUGGGAAGGAAGCACGACUGGUAUCUUAACUUUUACCGGUCUAUUUGCUGCAACUGUCGCGGCCUUCAUCAUCGAGAGCUAUAAGACACUAUCAGUCGAUUCGGGGGACCAAACAACAUUCCUACUCUCUCAGCUCCUUACCGCUACAGCCAACGCGUCAGCUGGUAUCUCAGUGAUGAUAACUCCACCCGAACCCUUUUCUACCUCCGCUACUUCCAUUGCUACCAAUGCAUUAUGGUUCUCCAGUCUUCUCAUUGCCCUGGUGUGCGCUUUACUAUCAACAUUGGUGCAAGAGUGGUCCCGCAACUACGUCCACGACAUGAACACGCGUGAAGUGCUUCACGAAACGCUUCAAUCUCGCGUUUACAACCACAUCUACAUCCGGAUGGGCGUCAACCGGUAUGGGAUGGAUCAAUUCGUGUCUUGGAUUGUCGCUCUGGUGCACCUAGCGGUGCUCCUCUUCGCUCUAGGUCUUCUCAUCUUCCUAUUCCCCAUCGACCGAAUAGUGGCGGGCGUAUGCACGGCCGUCUUCGGUAGUUUUGUCAUACUCUAUGGUCUGGCCAGCCUGCUUCCGCUCCUCGACAAGAGCUGUCCUUAUCGUACGCCACUGACCUACGUGAGUGCUUGCGUGUACUGGCUAUACGUACACCUCUGGGACCUUGUUCAAGUGAUCAAACAAGAUCGACCGCGCUCGACUUCAGUCAAGAGUCAUGCCAGCUUUCGCAACAUCGUCUCUCGGCGAUAUACAGACUCUGUUAUACGAUGGCAGUUCCUCACUAAACGCCGUUUUGUGUUCGCUUGGGAGCACACAUUCCCUCACGUCCCUGAACAUUCGCGCUCGGAGGUCUUACGCGGCUUGUACUGGGUCAUCACUUCGCCGCUCAGCCGAAGGGAUAUCCUUGCCUACUUGUGCAGCCACACACAGCUGAUUACCGACAUCCUAGCCGAAUACCAGGCAGAUCCUGAUAUUGCUCGCUCUAUGCCGCCGCAUCGAACAGUCGAUCCCUUCCUGUUUACCACAACAGCGGACCUCGCCAGCAUGAUGUUUGCAGAGAACGUGGAACGAUACGGACAGCGAAUGGAGGAGAGUCUUCCAUCCAGUAUACCCUGUAUCAGUGUCAUCGGCUGUGUCUCCCGUAUCGCAAACAUCGACAGACCAGACCAAACAUUGGCACGCCUGUGCAUCUCUUAUGCGCGAUCAUCGAUCCUGAGGCUAUCUGAACAGGCGUUUCAGCACAAUGUUCCGACUCUUCGCGAAGAGCAGGCGGCUCAGUUCUACGAAGACAUACGCUAUUUGAACCUCAAGACGAACGAACUGCCCGUGAACGCCGUUCUGCUCUUGCUGGUGGCUGGCUCGUACGAUGGCCACUAUUGGACCGGUACGCAUUCGACGCGUCUGUUACCCCUGCAUGACGAUGACUGCUGCCGUUCCUGGAAGUGCGCUCUCACGCCCACCGGACUUGCACAUAUAGCCGCGUGCAAUGCGUUGGAGAUCGUCACUCAGCUCGUACGCUGGGGAGGGGAGGAGGACGGUUCAGAUCCCACCUUGGCUCUCAAUUGCGCAGGCGGCGUUCUCAAGCCAUGGGUGGAAUACGCCGAGACGCCGGAUGAUCGGAACCCUCCCUCACCCGAAUUCGUUUCCUUCCUCUCCUCCGUUGGACUUCAAGAAUGGCUUCAGCCUGGAAGUCACUUCAAUACUGGUCCGAGCGAAGGACCACAUCACAGAUUCCUCACCUCCACUUACUUCGGACAUUGGUCGAUGAAGGCACUGCAGAAGUUGGCACGAAACGUCGACUUCGCGGCGUAUCGAGAUCGAGUACAGCCUGUAUCGACUCUCUUGCAACCAUACCUGUCCGACAACGGCUUGGAUGUAUCCCACGAGGCGGAGAACCCUCAGGGCCUUCCAGCCUCACACACUGGAUCGCCACCAAGGACUACCGUUGGGGUCAAUGACACCGCGGAAUUGAAGAGUGUUCUAGUAGAAGACCAUGAUGGCGGACUUCUGAUGUCUAUACCCGCUGAAGAGGGUAGGAACGUGUGGCUCAUCGACCCAUAA